UCCCUGGAGGUGCAGCCGGCUGGAGCUGGAGCUGGAUCUGGAUCUGCAGCCCCAGUCAGUGUCUCCGUCCCCCAGACACACACACACUCCGGCCGGUAUGAUGUCUGGUGUCGCUGCGCUGCUGCUCCUCGCCUGCCUGGCGCUGCCGCUCUACGGGGUAGAAAAGGUGAAAAACAGGGGAUAUCGAAAAGAUCCUGACGCAGACAAGUGCACUGGAAAUGAUGCAGACAAGCCCAACUGCACUAGGCACGCCAGUGAGGACAGAUCUGCUUAUCUGAACAGCAUGUACGGCAGCUGCUUGCAGGGCCCGGCAGGCACCCCUGGCAGGGAGGGUAACCCCGGGGCCAACGGCAUCCCAGGAACCCCAGGUAUCCCCGGCCGGGACGGGCUCAAAGGUGAAAAAGGAGAAUGCGUGAGCGAGAUUUUCGAGGAGCCCUGGAGGCCCAACUACAAGCAGUGUGCCUGGAGCGCUCUGAAUUAUGGGAUAGACCUGGGUAAAAUAGCUGACUGCACGUUCACCAAGCUGCGCUCAGACAGCGCCCUCAGAGUCCUGUUCAGCGGAUCUCUGAGACUCAAGUGCAAGAAUGCGUGCUGUCAGCGGUGGUACUUCACCUUUAAUGGAGCGGAGUGCACCGGCCCCCUGCCAGUCGAGUCCAUCAUUUACUUGGACCAGGGAAGUCCUGAGCUCAACUCAACCAUCAACAUCCACAGAACGUCCUCAGUGGAGGGACUAUGUGAGGGCGUCAAAGCAGGACUGGUGGAUGUGGCGGUGUGGGUGGGGACCUGUGCAGACUAUCCCAGAGGAGACGCAUCUACAGGCUGGAAUUCAGUGUCCAGAAUUAUUGUGGAAGAACUGCCUAAAUAAGGAACCCAGUUGCAUAAAAGGGAGGAUCCAGACUGUUUAGUGUAAGAGUAUGUCA